AUGGACAUCACUCGAUCAGGAAGGAAACGGAAGAGCUCUCUCUCAAGUUCAAGAAGCCAGUCACCAGUCUCAAGUCGGACUAGACGGAGCUUGGCAGCGGUGCCAGAAGAUGCCAGCCUCAAUCAACAACAAAAAGCAGUAUCCGUCACACCCAAGAAGUCAAGAAAGAGAGUGCGGUUUUCCGACCCAGGCCCUCGGUUAUUGCACGAUGAAGAUGCCGGGUCGACUGGCUUGACCCCGGCCAUGCGUCGAACAUCGUUCGAGACAGGAUCUAGGGAUUACACAUCUAGCCGCAAAUCCCGACGCAGGUCGGCCCCAACACCACGCUUCCAGCGGUCGUAUGACCCGGAGGAGCCGUUUGAUGAAACAUGCACCGAGCGAAGGAUUCAAUUUACUCCGCUGCGCCAAAUCCUGGAUACACGAACCCAGAGAAGAAUUAGGCGAAUCGGGUUGAGCGAUGAGAUCAAUCAGAUUGAGCGCGAAAAGCGCGAGACCCGCAAAAUGGAAAAGACCAUGCGAGCUUUGCUUCAAGAGCGAGAUUCGUUAAAAGAUGAACUCAGGGCCAUGAAACAAGGUGGAAUGGACUUUGAGGACAAUUCAUUGGCAGAGUCAUAUUGGAUGACACCUGACACCCCCAGAUCUUGCGAGGAAUUAUCAGUGGUUUCGAAUCACAGUCUGGACGACGCCACUCUAUUUCCGAACGGUGAAGGGGAAACUUUUAUGUUCAAUGACAGUGCUGUCAUUGUGUCCAGCUCCCCUGAUUUCCGUACUCGGAGCCAUAAUCCACCCGUCACUGAUAGCUUGAUGCUAGCCGACGAACACCAAACGCAGAAAUCAGUCAAUACAGAGGCAUCCGAGGUUCACUCCCUGACUCUUGACCUGGAAGCUGCCAGGCAAGAAAAGAAAAACUUGUUCGACGCAUGUCGAUCAAGAAUCUCAGGGUUCAAUGACCCUACGAUCAGUAGCCUUUUCCGCCAGUCAUCUCCACCGUCGGACUUCUUCGAGAAUAUCAUGAAGAUCUUGGAAAAUGCUCUGUCUCGUGCGGCAGAUGCUGCUGAGGCUCUCGAAGGAGUCACCCAAGAAUGCUCCGGCUUGGGAUUCUCCGGAGACGGCGUGGACGAAGUUAUAUCCGACAUGCGGAACCACUUCCGCUCAGCUCGUCUCGAGCUUGAACGUGCGCUACCUGGUGAAACUGCCAACGUCAGUCUUGAGGACGGCAAGGCAACUCUAAGUGCACUGGUGAGGCGCGUUGAGUCACUGGCAAAAGAUCUGGGGACAGAGCGCCAUUAUCAUGAUGGCUCUCUCGGCCGGGAAAAGGCUCUCCGAGGGCAAUUUGACGCUUUACUACACCGAUACGAGACAGCUACAAGAAAAAUUGACAGCCUCGAAGAUUCAAUCGCAUCUUCCGCGAGCGAUAUGCUCCACACGCGGAUGCGAAUGCAAGAGCUCGAACGUGAAGGCCAGGAACAGGCUGUUGGGAUUGACAGAUUAAGCACAGCCCUCGACAAGUAUCAUUAUGAAGUGAAGGGUCUCGAAAGCCUUAUCGACAACCUUGAAAAGGAGAAUACAGCUACAAAGGAGGACUAUACCCGGCAGAUAUCUAAGCUCAAGAAACAAGUGGCCCAUGAACGCUCAAAACGCUGUUCGGCCGAGGCUACUGCUUCUAAGUCCGAGUCUCGUAUCCGGGAACUAGAGCAAAUAGUCGAGCACAAUCGAAUUCGAGCUUGCGAUUUGAUGGCUCAGGUGGAGCUUCUUGAAAAGGAACAUCAAAGAGCCAUCGAGAGCCUUGAGCAAAACAGCAGUGAGCUUCAGGCGCAUGAAGCAGAGACGGGGACUCUCAAUGUUCGCAUCUCAGACCUCAGCACAUCAUUGCAUGGUGCCAAAUCUGAAGUGCAGCGUCUUCAGAAUAUCAACACCGGCCUUGAAGAACAACUUCAGUUAGAAGUCGAAGCUCGAAAUGAGCUCCUGGACAAGUGGGCCGCAGAUCAAGUGCGAUCUUUCGCCCACAUGAAGGAGACUAUCAACUCGGAACGUCGCAGAGCCAAGGUUCGCGCGGCCAACUGGGAGUUGAAAUCGGAUGAUCUCAUGUCAGAUGGCACUACAAUUGGAGAUGGGAGUGAGCCAAUUACUCCCGUUAGCGCUCGAUUUGUUGAUGUGCAAAUCGGUCGCGGCAAGGACCGGCGACGCAUGGAUAGUGUCGAGAUUAUGGGGGAGGAACUGGAGAAUGACAUUUCGCAUGUCGGCAGCGUUAUCGGAUCUGAUGUUCAUCUUCCCCAUCGGAUUUGGCUUAUGGGGCUUCUCGCCGAGCCUCUUCAACAGCUGCCACUAAACUUGAGCCAAUACACUAUUCCUGCCAACUACGGAACACCUACGCACAAUGUGAUUCACCCCAUCCAGCCAGGAGGCUCCGUCGUCAUCGGCCACAAGUCCACCAUUGUGAGCGCCUUCGCUUUCGGAAAUACGAGUAUGUAUGCAGACUCCAAUGGCACAUUGCUUCCUCCCACAGAAUGGACCCCGGCCAAAAUGGACACGAUAUACGAUAUGGCCAGUCUAACCAAAGUGUUCACUGCGGUAGCCGCACUGCGUGCCAUUGACGAGGGCAAGCUAAGCUUGGAUAAGAGCGUUGCUUCCUAUCUUCCCGGGUUCGCGGCAAAUGGGAAGAGCAACAUCACUGUCUUAAUGCUGUUGACCCAUACAAGUGGCUUCGCUCCAGACCCUCUGCCCGGUCUGUACGAAGCACCUUACAAGACCAUGCAGCAGCGCGUUCGUGCGGUCAUCGAGCAUGAGCUCGAAAAUGCUCCUGGAUCUACGUACACAUACUCAGACCUGAACUUUAUGAACCUGCGCUUCUUGCUGGAGAAGGUCACCAAAAUACCAUUUGAGGAGUAUGUCUAUUCAUUUACCCGUGAGCUCGGCAUGACAAGCACCUUUUUCAACAAGGGAAACAACCAGUCCCCUUCAUUCCAGUACUGCGCGCGCAUGGCGCCGACAGAGUAUCAGAUCGAAGUCCUGGGAGACGCCGAGCCUAAACGCCCCCAGCCCGUGCGAGGAACCGUGCACGACGAGAACGCCUGGGCUCUUGAUGGUGUGAGCGGACACGCCGGUCUCUUUUCGACGGCCGGGGACGUGGCGAUCUUCUGCCAAAUGAUCCUGAACAACGGCACAUAUGGCGGUAAACAGAUACUGGAACCGGAGACUGUGGACUUCAUGUUCACAAAUUUCAAUACCGCGUUUCCUGGUAAUGAGCACAGUAUCGGGUUCGAGCUCAAUCAGAGCUAUUUCUCGGGACCCAUGGCCAAUAUGCUGGCAGGGGGACACACGGGCUUUACUGGUACCACGCUUGUUGUUGAUCGUGCGUCGGAUACAUUUAUGGUCAUGCUGGGUCAUCGUGUGUAUCCGAACCGGAACUGGGCGAGUAACAAUAUUGUUCGGGAGGCGAUAGGCUAUUGGGUUGCCCGCUCGCUUGGUCGGGAUGUUCCAUUUCCAUGA